UGUAUGUAUGUAUGUGUGUAUGUAUGUGUGUGUGUGUGUGUGUGUCUUAUUUUCUGGCUUUGUGAUGAUUCACAUUCUUUAUUUUUCAUAUUCUUUAAAUAAUGGCAAUAGUAUUAAAUUAUCGAUGAUACUAUUAAUCCCUGAGGAUCAAUAUUCGCUAUACAAAGUUUUGUUAAUUAAGUUUUGUAAAUUAUUUGGCCGUAAACGCGCAGAUGGCUUUUAUUUUGAUAUCGAAAACGACUUGUUAUUUCUGGCUUCAACACUAAAUUUCCUUACUAACUUUGAACCAAGGGUUUUCUGGACAAAAUCUAAUCCCAAACGCUCGGCUGUAUGUCUGUUAACGUGAACAUUAACCCUUUUGUAAAGCCGGGCUGUUCUUAUGAACACCUUCAUUUAGCGAUUUGUUUGCAGCUGUUAUUUGUUGACUGUACGGGUUGCCAGGUUUAGCCGAAUUCAAGGCUGUUUGUUUGUUAACACCAGAUACAGAUACCAGCUGUCUCACACAAUGCUCUUUAAGUUUCCUCGGCCAUCCUUACUUAUUAAUUGUUUUCUGACCGGAAAAUCUGGGCUACAUGACCGGUGUUUUCUUGGCGCAAGAAAGCGGUUCUGCAGCUCUGGGUGCACGUCCCAUGAGCGCCAUACAUCAGGUCAGACAGUGGUUAUUGAAAGGCAAGGGCCAGUGCUUACUGUGGGCAUUAACAGGCCAGAGGUGCGUAAUGCUGUGAACCAAGAGACAUCCCAGCGGUUGUUUGAAGAGUUUUCAGCCUUCGAACAGGAUGAUACCUUCAGUGUAGCUGUGCUACAUGGAAUAGGAGGACAUUUUUGUGCUGGUUAUGAUCUUAAAGAACUCUCCCAGCAUUCCAGUUCCCUCAGACUGGAGCAAAAUGUAACCGAAGGUCCUGCACCAAUGGGACCAUCUCGCCUGAGAUUAUCAAAGCCAUUGAUUGCAGCAGUGAGUGGCUAUGCUGUGGCAGGGGGGUUGGAAUUGGCCCUGUUAGCUGAUCUCCGGAUUGUGGAAACCAGUGCAAUUUUCGGGGUUUUCUGCCGCAGAUUUGGUGUCCCGCUCAUUGAUGGUGGAACGGUGCGGCUGCCACAGCUAAUUGGUUUGUCUCGAGCUCUAGACCUUAUUUUGACUGGAAGACCUGUAGGAUCUCAAGAGGCACUAGCAUUUGGACUAGCAAACAGAGUGGUACCAGAUGGACAAGCCUUACAGGUAGCUGUGGAGCUUGCUGAGCAGAUAAGCUCCUUUCCUCAGCUCUGUCUCCGUGCUGAUCGUAACUCUGCCUAUCAUGCAUCUUUUGACUCCAGCUCAUUCACCCAUGCCAUGCAAUAUGAGACAGACUAUGGCCUGCCAGUACUCACAGCUGAAGCUGUCCCUGGGGCAACCAGCUUCAGCUCUGGCACUGGAAGAGGUGGAAAAUUCUCUUGAUAGACCUGAUAAAUGUUUCUUUCCCUCCAAUAACAAUGUGCUAGUAAUUACUGUAGUCCUGUUUUGUAGUAUUGCAUUUGAGAGAAAAGUGUGUGUGUAUGAUAAACAAUCUAUGAAUAACAAAUAUAGAGCAUAAACUCACUGGUCACGUUAUUUUGAUCACCUGUUGAUCUGCCAAUUAUAUGGCAGCAGCACAAUGACAUCAUGCAAUCUGUGUUCAAGAGCCUCAAUGUUUAUUGAAUUGGCAGAAGACAUUAUGGUGUACACUUUUUGGCAACCAUAAAUUUUAUUUAGUAACACUUGUUUUUUUUUUAUGGUAAAUGAGUAUUGAAAACAUAAAAAAAAAAAAAUUAAUGGAAUUUGCUAAAUCAAACAUAUUUACAGUAAGCUACUCUAAAAAACUGCAAAUCUAAUUACAGUUUACCUCAGUGAUAAACACUGUAUACCUGUAUAUUACAGUAUUCUAUUGCAAAGUUCAUCUUCAGAGUAAAUCAUCUGCAGCUGUCAUUUCCAGAAUUUCAUUGCAACAUAAUGCAGUAGACAAAGCAUUACAGUUGGUUGCCAUUGAUUUUAGUUAACAAUUUGCAAAGAAAUAAAGUUCAUUGUAAACUAAA